AGUAAUUAUUACUAUACACGACAAGAGUGGAACUUCAAGUAUCACCGAGAUUACACGGGGAAUAAUAUCAGUUGUGUUGUCAGAGGGUCUGGAAAUAGAACAGUGAUCAAAACAAAGCAGUUUGGGGACAUUCUCUAUGACCCAGAUUUAGUUGUUGGAGGGAGCUCUGUUGUCGAGGAGGGAGACGCCUUAAAUUUGACCUGUGAGGUGGUGGCAGCCAAUCCAAUGACAAGUGCCUCCUGGAGUGGGGGAGUGGGCUAGUCCUUGGUGAUAUCUGACAUCAAGAGGAAUCAGAAUGGAAACAUGUUUACCUGUAGUGCCCAGAAUUCUGCCGGCAGCUCCUACCUGGAGCUCACAAUCACAGUUCAGUAUGGACCCGAGCUAAGUGUUCCCUCUAAAAUAUCAUACAAGGAGGGAGUGAAUGCCACAAUCUACGGCUCUGUGUCAGCGAACCCUCCCGCCAAACUGGCCUGGAGAAGGGCAGGGAACAGCACGGUUCUCUCAACUGACGGCAAUCUAUUUCUGGAGAACGUCUCAAGGGACCAAGCCGGGAUGUAUGUGCUGGAGGCUACCAGUGUAAAACAAAGGGGAAAUAACUCUUCACAGGAGGUCACCAGAAAUGC